AUGGAACUUCUGUUGCUGCAAAAUGCAAGAACUAAGGAAAAAGGAAAGAAGGAAAGGGAAGACGGGGCACGGGCCGAGGAGAAGGAAAAGGAAGGAAGAGAGGAGAUCAAGCAGCUACAAAACACGGUUACAACACUGGUUCUUGAUCUCAAGAGCCUCCAAGCAUCUGUCUCGACUUGGGGCUCCUGCAGUCGCGAUCAGUACCCACAGGAAAUACUGACUUAUACGCAGAUGUGGCAGCGCGAGGAGGCAGAAAAGAUAGCGGGAAAAAAUGCAAGCGACUGGAUCGAGGUGUUCCUCAAAGGAGCAAACCUCAUUGAACCCACCUGUUAUCCGGUCAAGAUUGACUUUGUCUCAAGAAUCGAUGCCACAGACCAGAACACGAAGGGGGUAAACGAGUGCGCAAAGCAGACAUUCGAAGCAGAGAACCAUAUCGAGAUAAAGCACAUGAAGUGGUUAGGACGACCAAAGGAGAGCGCCGCCUGUGGGUCAGUAGUUGCCAAACUGGACUCAAGAGAACAGGUCGAGAAGCUGUUCUGGAUGCAAGCUAAGGGUGAGGAGAUCUUCAUUUUCGGGAGCAUGUUCAAGGUCGAGAAUGUCAAAGCAAAUUUGUGGAAGAGUGCAGGAGUUCAGGAUGCUUUAUACACAACGCUGGUAUCUGACACCUUGAACAGCAACAGAGGCCACCUGAGGAUACCACCCAUCGGUGUCUUAGAGGAAAGCGCAGAGUGCGGGUGCGGGAUCGAAGACGAAACAGUAGCGCAUGUCCUGCUACGGUGUCCUCGAUGGACAGACAUGAGGCAGGAAACAAGAGAAGUGGCGGGAACGAGAUGGGGAGAUCUCUCCUACCUGCUAGGAGGCUACAGCAUGAAGAGGGAGUUGCGGACGGGAAAGCUAGUGGAUGGCGCUAGGGAGAAGUGGGCACCAGAUUUGGGCAUGGUGAAGUCAACGAUCUGGUUUCUUCUAGAGACAACUAGGAUGGGAGCUACGUCGGCACAAGGUCAGAGCAGUCAGGAACAGGAGUAG